UGCACAUUUGUGUCAAACUGUUUGGGCUGGAUGACGUUAUAAGACGCGUAACAGGGAAAUAACGAAAAUAAUAUUCACUUUAUAUUGGGUGAACAAUCAAUUUUGUGGACGCCUAAGUUUUGGAUAUUAAGCCUAAGAUUCACGUGGAUCUCAAAAGUGUUCGAUACACAGCACCACAUCCUUGACUCGACAUUCACCUGAGUUAUUGUCAAUUUAUUGUCACCACAUGGAACCUCUUCCCCCUGAACAUAUGAAGACACUUCGUCGCAACUUUAACCGGACAAUAUGCUGUUGAUGUAUGACCAGAGUGCGGUGAUGUCAGGAGGGGAUGGGGGUCAGGGAGGGGAGGAGCCAGCAUUGCCAUUAGGCCCAGCAGAGGGUGAAGGAGCAGACGGGGGCACAUCUGGGUGUCAAAACGGGGAACUGCAGCUGCAGGACUUCCCGGCAGAGGGACAAGGAGCUUUAACAGGAGAAGUGGGGCAGGAAGAUGAGGAGAUGGCCAGCACCUCCAAUGACCUUUCUUCCUCAACCAAUGAAAGCCCAGGGAGCGCCAGAGGAUGUCCCUCACCGUCGACCAAGAGCAGCGAGUCGGCCAUCAGGGGACGAGGCCACGCCCACAGAGAUGUGGUGAGCACAGUGGCUGAGAUGAAAAAGAGGCUUCCAUCUGACAAACGGAGCCACAGCAAACCCAGCACUGUGGAGGCCUUAAACUACGCUCUCAACUGUGUCAAGCAAGUACAAGCCAACAGUGAAUACUACAAACUGCUGAUGCAGAAUGGACAAGACCAGAGAAAAGAUGCCACUGUUUGCACCUUGGAGGACCUGGAGAGGGUCACCUCUGAGCACAACCUGAAAAACACGGAUUCCUUCGUGAUGGUGUUCUCUCUCUCGAGCGGCUGCGUGCUGUACACGUCGGAGCAGGCUCCCAGCUUACUGUGCUGCAAGAGGAAGUACCUGGACUCUGCAAAGUUUGUCGAGCUGCUCUUCCACCAAGACGUCAACGUCUUCUACUCGCACACGGCACAGCCUCACCUGCCACCGUGGAGCAACUCACACUCUGCUGGAGUUCUGUUUGACAGUGCGCAGGUCAAGUCCUUCUUCUGCAGGAUUAGAGGAAGCAAGGAUCGCGAAGGUGAGAUGCGUUACAAUCCGUUCAGGAUCACACCUUACCUGCUGAAGGUGCAGGGCACAGGGAGCGGGGAGGAGGAGGAGCCGUGCUGCCUGGCAUUAGCCGAACGAAUCAUCUCUGGUUACGAAGCACCUCGUAUUCCUAUGGAGAAACGUAUCUUCACUACAACACACUCCCCUGGCUGUGUUUUCUUGGAGGUUGAUGACAGGGCUGUGCCAUUGCUGGGAUACAUGCCUCAGGACCUGAUUGGCACAUCGUUGCUCACUUGUAUUCACCCAGAGGACCGUCCCCUCAUGCUGUCCAUGCACAGGCAAAUAUUAAAGUACGCAGGCCAGCCUCCUUUUGAGCACUCUCCAGUGCGUCUGCGCUGUCAGAAUGGAGACUACAUCACCUUGGACACCAGCUGGUCCAGUUUUAUCAAUCCUUGGAGCCGCAAGGUGGCCUUCAUCAUUGGACGGCACAAAGUCAGAACGAGUCCUCUGAACGAGGAUGUGUUUGCGGCUCGUACAAAGGAUUACGUUCCAGUCACUUAUGAGGAAAUAAAAGACCUUCAAGCCAAGAUCUAUAAGCUUUUCCUUCAGCCGGUGCACAACAAUGGCUCCAGUGGUUAUGGCAGUUUGGGAAGUAAUGGCUCCCAUGAGCAUUACGUCAGCUUCGCUUCUUCAAGCGAGAGCAACGGCAACCUGUGGGAGGACUCAAACCGGGAGCCGAUGACCUUGCAGCAGAUCUGUGCUGACGUGAACAGAUCGAAAAGUUGGGGCCGACACACGCAGCUCGAUUCCAGCCAAAGAAAUGCUCCUCCUGGCAGACCGAACAUAGCGGCUCACCUCCACUCAGCCGCCAAGCCUGAAGUCAGAGGAAAUGACGAAAGCAGGAACCAAACGCACAUUCCCUCCUAUCAGCAGAUCAACUGUGUGGACAAUAUCAUCAGAUACUUGGAGGGUUGUGCGGGUCAAGCCUUGAAGCGAAAGAACGAGUCUCCUUCCUUGGACACGACCUCUUCCUCGUCCUCUACCUCAGAAGAAGAGAAGCCCAAAGGCGCCGCGGGUGUGGCUCCAAACGCUCCAGAAGUGGUUGUGUUGGACAGUGAGGUGUCAGUGGGCCCUGCAGCUGCAGCAGUUGUCGGGGCGCCGCUGACAAACAUCACCAUGUCCUCUAAGGCCAUGAGUGUUGUCUCGGUCACUAGCCAGUGUUCGUACAGCAGCACCAUCGUCCAUGUGCCACAGCCUGAGUCAGAGGCCACUGCGCCGGAGGAUGCCCCAAUGGGCAGCGAGCCUGCUGACCCUGCGGCGACCCCCGCCCGCCCUACCCUGAGUCCCGCUGCGGAGGAGAGAAGGUUGAUCGGGCUCACCAAGGAGGUGCUGUCAGCUCACACGCAGAAGGAGGAGCAGGAAUAUGUUGAUCGUUUCAGCCAUCGCAUCCUUCAGAGUCCCUACAGCUCCUAUUUGCAGCAGGAAAACGGCUCGAUGGCUCACUCUCAUCAACCAGGGGACUAUAUACGUCCAAUAAGUGCUGGAGGCUGGAAUCGCUCUCGAAGAGCCAGACACAAGCGGCCCAAACCUCAGGGCUCCUCAGACAGCUAUGCCUCCCCGACCGGCCCUGCCGGCCCCGUCCCCUACUCGUCGUGGCCCUCCUCUGAGUCGUCCCAGCCCCAGAUGGUAGAGACUUUCAGCCAAACGUCCCCCGUCCCCGUGCCGUUCUUUCCCGUCCUGGGGAAUCCAGCCGCGGAGCAGCCCCGACCACAACAGCCACCCGCAGCAACUCCUGGCCUGUUGCAGCCUCCCGAGCAGCUCGCCUACAACUUCAACGUCAUGCCGUCCGGUCAGGGCCAGCCGGCCCUGCAGCCACUUCAGAUGGAGCCCCUGCAGAACGUCCAGAACUUUUACAGCCCACUGCCGCUGGUUUCAGCCCAGAGCUUUAACCCGUACAUGCCUCCCGUCAUGGCCGUCAUCCUGCCUAACUACCCCAACUUAACUCCGGGCUUUCCCUCCGUUCCCUCAACUAUACCUCAUGGACCCAGCAUGAUAACAGGCUACGCUCCUGGCAGCGUGUCCUUCCCUCAGCUUCAGCCUCAGUUCCAGGUCCAGACUGGCCCACACACUCAGACGUCACCGGGCCUUCUUCUUUCCUCGCAGAAGGCCGCGUCCUCCAUCGGGGAGGAAGAGGAGGCAGCCGGGCCGCAGGCCUUGUUUUCCAGCUCUCGCUCCAGCUCUCCUUUACAGCUCAACCUCCUGCAGGAGGAGCUUCCCAGACACGGCGAGGGGCAGAGCAGCACUGGACUCAACCACCCCGAGAGUCUCCACGAGCAACACGCCAUCGAGGGGGACGCACCAAGUGAGUCUGGCAACCAGGACGCCCAGUCGACGUCUAGUGAGCUGCUGGACCUGCUCCUGCAGGAGGACGCCAGGUCAGGAACUGGAUCUAAUGCUUCAGGAUCUGGAUCAGGGGAAUCUGGAGGUUCACUGGGAUCUGGAUCCGGCUCCAAUGAAACAUCCACCUCACACACUGGCAGCAGCCACAGCAGCAAGUACUUUGCCAGUAACGACUCGUCGGACACGUCCCGCAAAGCCCGCAAAAGCCAGGAGGCGUCGGUGGAGCAGCCACACAACUUUGAAACUCAGGUGGAGAGCUCCUUGUGGAGCAUGAUCCAACACACGCCUGAGCAGGUCAUGAUGACCUACCAGAUACACACAAGGGAUCAGAAUGAAGUGCUGGCAGAAGACAGAGAAAAACUGCGAGUGCUUCAGCCGCUCCAGCCGUGGUUCAGCCAGGACCAGAAAGAAGAGCUGGCCAAGGUCCAUCCUUGGAUCAAGCAGCACACCAUCCCACAGGAAUUAGACACGCAGGGCUGUGUGAGCUGCAAGUCGGGGGUCGGCCUGGCCCGCUCCCCUCAGCCAGCGGUCUCAGAGAGUUUAUUACCUGUGGAGAGCCUUCAGCAGGACUCUGUCAAACCUGUGGCUGACACCUUAAACGGGUAACAGUGAACCAGGCGUGUCAGAAACUUCAGAAAUACUCUCGGUGCAUCUCUUCUCAACACUCCACGGUAACGGAUCCUAUGGCUUUAAUAUAUUGCUAACACGUUUUGUACAGACGAGGCAAGGCUCAAAAACAGUGGAGGAGAGCAAAGAGAGACGUGUUACUGGCCUCUUGAUGGACUCCGCGUCUCUUCUUUUUCUGUUAAUCAAGCCCCUGGAGGGAUUUGUGUGAUAUUAAUGACUCUAUAGACCUUUUCUCAGUAAGCCACCUGGUGCUCAGUGUAUAAAAAAAAAAAAAAAGGUUUGAGCACUGUGCGAAGACCUGCACUAGUUUUGUCGCACAAACAUGACUGUCUGAGAAGACCGAAACGACUUGGAUCAAGAACACGCAGCAAACGUUUCUCCAGUGACGCCAAGUCCGGGUUGUACAGAUUUCUCAACCUCAUCAACACACAGCAGUGACCGACCAUGAUCGGCAUACGACAAACUUCUUUUUACCCGAUGGACACAAAGACACGUUUGUUGCUCUUGAUUGUUUGUAAUGUUCAGGUAAAAAAAAAAAAAAAAAAAAAAUCCUACAUGUUAUUGUAGUGUUAUGAUCUCAUAUCCCGUAGCCUGGUUUCCCAAUGUCCAGAUGAUCCUUUUGUUGUGUUGUGUAAUGUAAUGUUGGCUCAAGAAACAACAGCCAACCAGUUGAUAAUUUCAAAUGAACAUUACCCCCAGAGCAGAUCCUCCUUCUGCUCCGUCAUCAUUUGUACCUGUAGUUUAGUUGUGUUGCUGGGAAGAGGCUCCACGCAGCACCAGAUUUUCCACUCGUCUCACUUUUACCGACUAAAGAAUUGCGGUCAGACCGUGUUUCUGUAUUUUGAACCGUGUGUGUGGUAGAAACAGAGAGGAGACUGACCAAAUCUGAGAGCGUUGCUUUAUUGAAGUGAGGUUAGCAGGUGUGAAUGGAUGUCUACUUCUUUUGAAACACUUGUCCUACAGUACAAGACUGAGCAGGGUCUGUUUCAUUUUUGGAUCAAAAGUACAUGUCAGUACUGUGUAUUUUAUAGAAAAUGUACACAAAUACAUAAUACAAAGUGUAUAAAAAGCCAUUUGUCUUGAAUUCAGGGAUUGUUUGUGACACAAAAGAAUGAAUAAAUGAUUUAUGAACUAACA